UUUUCAUGUCGCUUUCUCUGUUCUUGUAAAACAUCGACUUUCCCUCAACACCUCUGACACCUCGACAAGUUGCCAGCUAUGUCGACACCUGCUGCUGAUAAUCAGCCAGUGGCUUCCGAGACCCACAAGGCUCCCACUGAGAACGAUGCGCCCCAUGAUUUCUUCGAGCCGGAUGAGAAGCCUGAUCGAUCCGCCGACAAUGAGGGCCCCAAGGAGGUCGGCGUCAGCAGGGUCGAGGCCUUCAAUAAAGUCCUCUACCAUUCUGGGCAGAAGGGCAAGAUCUUACUCUGGCUCCUCGGUGUCUCCAUUGGCCUGACCAUGUUUGCCUACGCCCUCGACAUGGGCAUCACCACAACUAUCUUUGGCACGUUGGCGGCUUCGACUUUCAAGGUCCACAGCCAGCUUGGUACGGUCAACACUGCCAGUCAAAUUAUUCGAGCCAUCAGCAAACCCUUUAUCGGAAAACUAGCCGACAUCACCUCGCGACCUACCACUUACGUCGUGAUUCUUGCCUUCUACGCCGUGGGCUUUGCCGUUGCAGCCAGUGCCACCGCCUUCCCGGCCUACACUGUCGGCAUCUGCUUUACUUCGGUAGGAAAGUCAGGCCUGGACCUUCUCAGCGACAUCAUCGUCGCCGACUUGACUCCUUUGGAAUGGCGCGGCUUCUUCGGCGCUUGCCUGUCUCUGCCUUUUAUCGUAACGGUGCCCGUCAACGGUUUCAUCGCCGAGGGCUUUUACGAGAAUUGGCGAUGGGGUCUGGGCAUGUUCGCCAUACUGGUCCCUGUUCUCCUCAUUCCGGCUAUCCUUACCCUCUACGCCAUGCAGCGCCGUGGAGAGAAGGCCGGCAUGGUGACUAUCGCCGACUCCAAAAACGUCCGCACCGGUGUUUCCGAGGCCCCGUCCCAAAACUUGGUGUACUGGGCAAAACUCGCGUACCGAGGUAUGGUCGAUAUCGACCUUGUCGGCCUCAUUCUUCUUGGCUUUGCCUUCUCUCUGAUUCUCUUGCCUAUCACUCUGGCUAAGAGCGCCGAUGGCGGAUGGACAAACGCAAGCAUGGUCGCUAUGAUCGUUAUGGGUUUUGUCAUUCUCAUCAUCUUCAUCCUGUUCGAAGUCUUCCUUGCUCCCAAGCCCCUCAUGACGAAGAGCAUUGUGCAGAACCGCGCCUUCAUUGCGGGUGUCAUCAUCCACACUUUCAACCAAAUGGCAUCAUCUGUCCGCAACACCUACUUCUCAUCAUACAUCCUCAUCAUCAAGGAAUGGACUACCUACCAGUGGACUAUCUUCUUGGGUAUCACUACCAUGGGUCUCUGCCUGGUCGGUCCCGUUGUGGGUCUCAUUCACCGUAGCACUCAUCGCUACAAGAGCCUCAUGGUCUUCGGUGCCGCGGCCAAGAUUUUGGGCUAUGGCCUCCUAGUUCAACCGACUGGAAACAUGACUCAAGAUACUGCCCGCCUCGUAGCAGCACAGCUCAUUUUCUGUCUCUCUUCCCUCAAUGUGGUUGGUGCACGCGUUGGUGUCCAGGCGUCUGUUCCCCACGACGACGUUGCCUCGAUCAUUUCCAUCAUCACCCUGUGGUCCACCUUGGGAUCUAGCGUCGGAAGCGCUGUCGCGACGAGUAUCUGGACGGAGCAGAUGGUUGACCAGAUGCGUGUGGAACUACCCGGCGUUUCCAACACUGUCAUUGCCAAGAUAUACGGUAACAUUAAGACGCUGAAGAAGUACCAGUUCGACGACCCCAUCCGCCAAGGCUCCAUUCGAGCCUACGCUAUCGUCAAUGGUCACAUCACAAUCGCCGCCAUCUGCUUGUCCUGCAUUCCUCUUGUUGCCUCUUUCUUUAUGCCGAACUACUACCUGGGUAAGCAGCAGAACGCCGCAAAUAACAAGGGUCUGGAUGGCGAGGUUGUCGUUGUACCGGAUCAACAGAGAGCUGCAGAGACAGCGACUGCUCAACCGGAGGCCAGAACCUUCUGGCAGAAGAUCCUUGCUUUGUACCACAAGUAACUGAAGUAGGUCAUGCUCACUCAGUAUUGAGCUUCAAUACAAUACCUGUAGGACCGACAUGGCGGAAAACGUGAGCCAAGUAUAGGCGUGCCUCCUAGCAAGAACAUGAGCAUGGAUCAGAGCUUUCAGCGUCAAUCAUGUUACUAUAGUAAUCUUAUAAUGAAAUAUACCGCUUCAACAUAGCUUACCGGAGCGCUUAACUUUCA